CAACGCUCCUACAAUUUAUCAUCAGAUUCGGUGAAUAAAAAGCAGGUGGAAGAUUCAUUCAUGGCUGGUUCUUCUGCAACAUCCUUCCUGAAAAAUCAGUAUUGGGUUCUUAGACAUGGCCGCAGCAUCCCCAAUGAAAGGGGCAUCAUUAUCUCCAAUAGGGUCUAUGGCAUACUUCCACAAUAUGGAUUGUCUUCUAAAGGUGUUCAGCAAGCAGCGUCUGCUGGUGAAUCAUUCCUAAGGGAACUGAAAGCUAAAAAUAUACCGCUUGAGAAUGUCCGAAUUUGCUACUCUCCAUUCUCAAGAACGAUUCAUACUGCCCAAGUUGUUGCAAGAGUAAUGAACCUACCAUUUGAUGGCCCUCAAUUUAAGGUGAUUGAGGACCUUCGAGAACGUAAAUUUGGGCCGACUUUUGAACUCCAAUCACAUGAUAAAUAUCCAGAGAUAUGGGAUCUGGAUGAAAAGGAUCCUUUUCUACCCCCUGAAGGCGGGGAAAGUGUGGCUAAUGUCGCUUCUAGACUUGCAAAUGCAUUGGCAACUAUAGAGGCAGAAUUUGACGGAUGUGUGGUUCUUGUGGUUAGCCACGGCGACCCAUUACAGAUCCUACAAACAGUCAUCCAUACAGCUAUGCAAGAGACAAACGGCUCCAAAGAUAUUCCCUCAAUUAUAAAUGGAGUUACAACACAUUCAACAUUAUCACAGCACCGGAAGUUUGCUUUGGCUACUGGAGAACUGAGACUCGUCACAUAAUCAGAUAAAAAAGGGCCUUUCUUUAAAUGGGAGACCAAAUCCUUAUGGUAGUUGAUUUACAGAUGGUAAAUUUGCAGCUGGCUACAUCAAAGUACUCCUCUUUUUCUUUUCUUUUUCUGAAUGUUAGGCUAUAUUAAAUUAUUUUUACUAAUUUAUUAGGGCUUGGGCACUUGCUCAAUGGGGCAUUGCACUUGGCCGAAUAUUUGAAUUUCGGAAAACCUUCUAAUAAAAUUUAUUUGGGUGACGGCCAGAGUUAUCCAAGCACCUA